UUGAAAGUCCUCUUCAAAUCGAUCAGGCCUUGAUCUGUGUGGAUAAGAGGUACGUGUCACUGUUGUGCUCUCGACCGUAGAGAGAAUGGCGAGAGGAUCAUGGGUACUAUGCGUCAUGUUGCUCGACAUCGCUUUGGCAUUUGCAGCAGAUCCACAACACCUGGUGCAAGACCUUCCAGGGCAGCCAGCAGUGGGAUUCAGGCACUACGCAGGCCAAAUCCAGAUCAAUGCCACUGCAGAUCGUUCACUCUUCUAUUGGUUUUAUGAGGCAGAUCAUCCAAAUGCUUCCUCAUUGCCAUUGGUGCUAUGGCUCAAUGGAGGGCCAGGGUGUUCAUCCAUUGGAGCUGGAGCUCUCGAAGAAAUCGGCCCUUUCCGUGUAAAUGCUACAGGCACAGGGCUGUUCCUCAACCCAUAUUCCUGGAACAAAGAUCUUGCUGCAAAUUUUAUCUUUUUGGAGGUUCCUUACAACACCGGAUUCUCGUUUACAAAUUUGCUAUCAGAUGAUGGGUUCUGGACAGACAAUCAAACUGCUGUGGAUUCGUUGUUGUUUCUCAUCGAGUUUCUAUCCAAGUUCUCAGAGUAUAAGCAGAACGAAUUUUAUAUUGCAGGGGAGAGCUUUGCAGGGCAUUUUAUUCCAACAUUGGCUUCUAAGAUUAUUGGGCAUAAUCAGCAGGGUGACAAUCCAAUCAAGUUUAAAGGAUUUGCGAUUGGCAAUCCUUCUACAGAUGACUUAUACGACGUCCCUGGUAACAGAGAGACACUCUUCGCCCAUGCGGUAAUCUCCGAGGAACUUUAUGAAGGAGAGAAGCUCUACUGUAACAAACCAAAUGCAACCGAAGAAGAAUCCAUGAAAUGCUCCAACAUCUCUUUGCAAAUCUUUAUCUUGCAACUCCAAGUCAGUCCUUACAAUCUUUACUCAGUGCCGACGUGCAAUCCCUGCCUCGAUGCUGUGACAAACUAUCUCAAUCUUCCGGAAGUCCAAGCUGCAUUACACGUUCAGACCAGGCCGGUGCGCUGGACUAGAUGCAACCCAAGCAUCGACAGGAGCUACUUGCCAAUCGACAAGCAGCGGUCAAUGCUUCCAGUGUACAGAGAUCUGUUUGAGCAUAAUCUAAGAAUAUGGAUUUACAGUGGGGAUGUGGAUAGCGUGGUUUCCACACUCUCGACUCGACGCUGGCUCAAAGCACUCAACCUGAGCGUCGUGACCUCAUGGUAUGGAUGGGGGUACCCAGGCGAGGGGAUUGCCUAUCUGGGAGGGCGAGCGGAGGUGUAUGAUUCAUUGACAUUUGCGUCGGUGAGAGGUGCUGGGCAUCAGGUUCCAAGAGACAAGCCAGGAGAGGCGCUGUUUCUCUUUAAGCAUUUCAUUGCAGGGACACAACUUCCACCAGCAAAUGAUCUACUUCUUGUUAAUAGAUUGUAGAGAUCUUUGUCUAUAGAUAAAGGAUAUUUUCGAUGGAAUGCCUUCCAUCGGAGAAGCCCAA